GGCAAUGCGCCUAUGGCCACCAAAACCAUCCCUAUAAAUACCUAGCUGCAGCUUCUUUUCUCUCUCCUCUCUCGUUUUGCUUCCUUCUCUUGGAAGCAGAGAGAGUGUGAGAGAGAGAGAAAGGGGGACUGAGCCCUAUCCCUUCCUUUGAUAUUUCAAUGUCCAAAUAGAAUCAGAGCUUUGGAAAUAUGGAGACUCUUUUUAACUUUUGUUUGUGGAAUUCAAUACAUACAGUUCCCGUUGUAAUUCGGAUGGUGAAAAUGGAAGCACCUACCUCAAGUAUUUCAGAUUGUGAUGAUGACAAAAGGGAUUUGGAGCUGUUGCUUGAUGCCUUUGGUUCAAUGGUAUCUCUUGAGGACAUAGCCUCUGCUUAUUGUCAAGCAGGCCGCAACAUAUGUGAUGCUGGUGAAAUACUAUGUAAUCUCCAGGGAAGCACAUCUAGUGCUUCUACUUAUGCCUCCAAGGACGAAUCGAAGGGUCUAAGUUUGUCUUCGGAAUUGUCAGACGACAUUUUGUUAGAUGAGUCAAAUUUCCCAGAAAGAAAUUCCAUUGCAUCAAAGCAGAAAAAAUGUUCAGUAUCAAUGGGUACGGUUUCAAGUGUGAUUGGAAAAGAGUAUGCUCAGUCCAGGCCCUCAAGAAGUGUAUCUUGUAGAGUGAACAAAGCAUUGAAAUUGAAUUCAGGGGAAUUGCCCAUCUCUGAGAUUUGUGAAGAGAAAGUUCCACCAAAUAUGACAACGAUCAAAAGUAUGCACAAGGAUAUUGAGGAGUUUCUGUUUAAAAUGCUUGGAGAUGGCUUUCAACUUGACAUGAAGAUUAUCCAAGAAGUUCUUGGCCGUUGUGGGUAUGAUGUAGAAAGGAGCAUGGAGAAACUUCUGGAUCUUUCAGCAUCCACUUUGGAGAAGAGUGAUGAUGUUUCUGGCAUUCUUGUUCAAAAACCUAUGGAGAAAUAUUCAGACACAGAAUCUAUUUCAUGCCAAGAAAAACUACAAUGCAUAGAUUCUGCCAGAAGUGGUAAAGCUAAAUUUAUUUCUAGAAAUGAAUCAACCAAAAGCCACAAAGACAGAUAUGAUCUCCAGAGGGAGGUGUUAGAAGCAUUGUUUAAUGUUCCUGAAAGAUUUGAAGAAGAACCAAAAAGAAAUUUCCCAGUGAAAGACGAUAGAAGAUCAAGGGGAUUUGGUCGUGUUGUAGUUGAACCUUUAAGAGACACUACAACUGAACAUAAGACUGCCAUUGCAAAACUACUUGUUAAUGAGGAGGAUGAAAAUGAAGAGGAUGAGGAUAGCUAUCAGGUCCUACGCAAAGCUGUAAAGGAGCAUUGGAUAACAAUGAAAGAAUACUAUAAAGCUUCUGUCGAUGCAUUUGCUAAGGGGGAUCCUGUGCGUGCAUACAAACUUCUAGAAGAGGGAAAUUUUUUCAAGGAGAAGGCCCGAGAGGCAGAUGAAAAAUCUGCACAGAAGUUUCUUGAAACUAGGAGGGAGGAUGAAAUGUCACUUGACCUGCAUGAAUAUGAUCCAAAAGAAGCGAUACGUCUUUUGAGGGUUCAUUUAACCUCUCUUUCUGGGAUCUCAUCUAUUCGAUAUCUUAAAGUCAUAGUUGGUGCCGACACCGAGGAUUCCAAAGAAGCGGCUCGAAAACGACUGAUUUUGAAGCUUUUGGAAAAAGAAUCCAUCAAAUGGAGCGAGGAAGCGAAUGGUCGAGCAAUUGUGAUCCGCCUAGAUGAGAUUAACCCAAAACAUUUAAGUUUUGCCAAAAAUCAGUAACAAGCUAUCAAUGGAAUAACUCAAAGUGGUAAAUACGUUUUAGAAUUUUUGCUAUCCCUCGGCAACUUGGAUUUUGGGGUGAGAUGACCCUAUCAAACAUUGAGGUUAAAAUGUUAGUAGCUGCAGAGUAUUUUCCCAUACCCCAAAAUGAUUGAACAAAAUGUAUGAAAGGAACAAAAUUUGCAGUUGUCUUCAGUGAUUGAAACGUUGUUACAACUUGGUUGUGUUAGUAUAAUUAAUUUUCUUCAUACA